AUGGCUUGCACGGAGUGCGUCCUGCUGCUUUCGCAGCGCGACAAUGGUGUGCACCCUCGCUGUCGACCAGUCGCCCGUGCUGCCAUGGCUUGCAGCCGUGCCGCACGGUGCCUCGCGGAGGUGGUCUCCACGCAGGCCGGAUGGCCCAGCGCCACGGCGGAAGCUGCGCACUGCGGCCACCACAUCGGCUGCAGCGAUGUCAGGCACAUCUGUGCGUGCAGGUGGGCUCAGCGGCAACAGAGCAGCACGGGCAGGUUGGACUCGAAAGGCUUGGCCCGCAGCUGGUCCAUUACGCCGGACGAGUGCCGGACGAGUGGUGGGGCAGCCAAGGCCGCACAAGCUCGGGAGAGUUCACCUUCAGCAGCCAGCUGGCGGCAGCGAAGCUGGGAGGAGCGCUCAUCCUCACUGGUGCCGGCAUGCCGCUUGCGGCGGAGGCCCUGGCCUUCCAGCCACAGCUCAAGCCUCUCCCCCGCCAGCCAGCGGAUUGCUGCUGCGGGAAUGUGCCAGCUUUUGCAAAGUAGCGUACUCAGCCACGUACCCUCUCAGCCUUUGAUGCCGAAGUGCGGGCCUGCCUCGAAGCCCUUUGCACAGGACCGCUCCCUGGCCAGGCCUGGGCGCAGGCCUCGCUGGCAACAAGUGCCGGUGGUCUUGGCCUUCGCCUUGCGCUUUGACUGUGAAGCCUGUCCUGAUGCCAGCCUUUUCACUGUUGGGUCCAUGGAUGCGCCGUGUUGGCUUUUGUAUCACGGCCAUCCGUGCCAGCCUGGGCGCUUGGUGCAGAUCCAAGUGCGCCGCUGCUGCUCGCAAAGGCGGCGCGUAGGCCGCCGCCAAUUGACUGCGACCCUGCUGCCGGAGGCGUCCGAGCUGCGGCAUCCAUUGAAUUGGUGUGUGCGCAGCCGUCGUUCGCGCCUGUUCAGGCGUGGCCGAACCCAGGCCCACCAGUCCACCACCGCAACUGGAAGGUGUCCCGAGGCUUUGAUCUUGCCGGUCCAGGGGAAAGGCAGCAGCUCGAAGCACAGCGCGAUGGUGGCAGACUGA